AUGGUACCCCCGAGUAAAGCUACCGGUAAAAUGGUAAAGGAUGUCGCAUCUGUGGUUUUAAACACAUUCUUUAAUGUUUGAAAACAUACGCAAGGGAGGGGGGACAGUCAACCUCUCACGGGAGAUCUGCUAAUACUGGAAGUCAGUGGAGCUAUAUAUCAGAGAAUUUACGGAGUCUGCAGCCGAACUCAGGUGAUGUGCUGUUGUUCGUGUGGCGGAGGAAGCUAUUAACAGUAUACAAAUCUGUGUUGCAGUGUAUAUUGUUCGACAAUCUGUGCACCAAUUAUCGAUCAAAUCAUUGAAUCUACCCGAGCAACCUAUUGGUAUUUUGUUAGUGGAAGUGUUAUUCAUGGUCCAGGAUCAGGUCCUAUUCACCUGUGGAAGUUCCACUGCCAGGACAAGAAGACUUCACAGUUAAUCGUUCUGAAACUCAUGUACCGGAGAUCUCGAACUGUGCCCUAGAAGAAAGACAUUACUCACCUGAAAGGGAAAUCACGCAAUUCUCGGACUUAGAAACUCUGGGAAUAAAGAAUGACGAGCCAACAGUCUGUGAGAACUUCGUUGAAGUUAUCAUGGACAACUUUCAGUUGAGUAGGAUGAGACUGGAAUAAUUGUUGCGACGGCUGAGGUCAAAACCAGAAGUCAUCAAGCGCUAUGAUGACGUCAUUCACGAGCAACUUCACACGGGCAAAAUUUAG